CAAGAGAAGAGAAAGUAGGAAAAGAUUCGCUGCACAGGGCUAUAAUUAUUACAAUUUGCUUGAAGCUUGACUUUGGGAAAUCCUGAAAUACAGAUUAUUCCUGAAGAGCCAUGGCAUUUGCCCUCACCUUGUUCGCUGUACUGGCGGUUGUGACGGUAACAGAAGUACUGGGCUUUGCUUCCUAUCGCUCACGAAUCCCUAACGGAUUCGCUGUUCAACAUCCCUGUGAUGCCAACAAAGUCUGGUCGGGCGUGGGGCACAACAGUGAUCAAGGCGGCGACGCUCGCAACCCGUUCGGAUUGGACUUCCAGGCGACAGGCCACGCCUGGACCGACAGUCUCUGCCGUGCCGAUUCCGAUAAGGACGGACUGACCAAUGGGCAAGAGUUGGGCGAUCCCGACUGCAAGUGGCAGCCUGGGCAAUCUGCACAGCGCUCCACCAACAUCACGCAUCCAGGGUUUGAUUCCAGCCGGGUAGACUGUACGCGAUUCUUCAAGCGCUGCAAGGCAUUCGACGCCCCGGGCGUGAAGUACUUUGACCUACGCGCUGCGAACGGUUCUGAAGACACCAUAGUGCCCGCCAAGGAAACUACGUACUAUAACAUGAACUUCGAGUUGCCUGCAGAUCGCCAGUAUCAUGCAGUUGGAUUUGCACCGAUCCUGGACAACGUCAACGUUAUCCACCACUUCCUCGUCUACAGCUGUGAUAGGCCUCGUCCAACCGGCAAAGGCUUCGAGGCGUUCAGCAACCAUGAAGACUGCCAGAGACUUGUCUACGGAUGGUCAUUCGGAAUGGGCGAUGAGUGCUUCCCCAUGGACACUGGAGUCCCAUUCGGCGGGAAACAUCCACGAUAUGUUCAACUACAGCUCCACUGGACUAACAGGAACAAGGUUGCCGGCUAUCGCGACAUGUCCGGUGUUCGAAUGUACUACACCAGCAAACCGAGGAAGUACGAUCUGGGCUUCAUCUCCGUGGGGCAGCUGAAUCUCAACAUCCCGUCGCAACAGCCGGCUGUGGAGGCGUCCUUCGGCUGUAGCAGCGGCUGCACCAAGACACUACUGGACCAGGGACCCGUGAAGCUUAUCACCGGUGCGCCACACAUGCACUUCCUGGGAAAGUCCAUGCUCGUAGACCUGAUCAAGCCCACUGGGCACCGCCAACGGAUCCUGAAUGACAAAGUUUACAACUAUAACGCCCCGGCUACGUACGACUACCCCUCGCCGAACUAUAUCGACUUGGAGGCUGGCGACAAACUCGUAGGAUCGUGCACCUUCAAUAGUAUGGAGCGGAACGACUCCACAUACUGGGGAUACGGAUCGUAUGAUGAAAUGUGUUUCGGAUUCUUUCGAUACUACCCCAGUCGCGGAGCUCUGAACUGCUAUCAGUACGGCGAGAACGAUCUCUGCUACGACACGACAACCGUGGACGGUCCUCGCUGCAGUCUUUUCCAUUACUUCGAGAACAUUACCGUCACCGUCAACAACGCCAUGCACGCGUGCAGUGACGUCAUGCAUGCCGCCGCCGCCGAACAAGCGAAGCAGGCGCAAGACCAACCGACCGGCAGCGGGGGCACAGCGACUACUCGGAAUGCUCGUCCGGUGUGCACGUCUCAGUGCCUGGCGCAAGUGUCACGCAUCCUAAAGGCGCACAGAGACCCAUGCCAGAAGACCAGGCAUCGCAAGGAGUGGAAGCUGCUGGACAGCCUCGUGUCGCAGAGGACAUCCACCCUGGAUGACGUGGUCAGCCAUUGCCAAACAGUCGGUAUGGUUGAGGAGGAGGUACAACAGCUGAACAGUGGUUCUAGCACCCUCCUCACGAGCUGUCCACUGUUUAUCAUAAUGGCAUCACUCCGCUUGUUGAUUGUCUAGCACUAUGAUCUAAACCCUGGACUAGUUCACUGAAAAGUGUUGUUUGAGGAAGUCUUAUUUCUUCCAUGUUGCUACUUGAUGAUUCUAACGUUAUCGGCAUUAUGCUGUUUUCACUUGUCUCUCGUUUCUUCAGCUACAUGUACGUUACAUCAUUGGUGCGUUUGUCUUCUGUCCACAUGGUCAGCGGAACCUCUCCGUAAUAUGAUGGGCGUUGACGUACAAUGCAUAUCCCUUGAAGCUACAUGUGGCGUUAUACUGCUAUGAGUAUGCCCGUGUGAGCUAUAUCUUUCCAUACAUCCCUUCAUUAUUUGCAACAUAACUAAUGGUCAUCUGAAACUUCUUCUUGAUUUCCGUCGUAAUAAUUUGUUUCCAUCCAAGCACGCAGUGGCCUAAGGAUUCGCUUCUGCUUCAAAUUCUAUUCGGUCUUCGAUUAUUAUUCAUGCACCGAUCACGCUGACUAAGUUAUCGGAUUUGUAUAAAUACCAGCUUUUGUUCUGGGAGAACAAUAUUGUCAGAAACCACCAAGAUUGAA